AUGUCUGAACCACUCACCAAGAUUGACUCGGCCAUCGAGAUAUCCCCCAAGGAUGAGAAGGCCCCCGACAAGGAUGCCAAGAAGACUCACAGACGUACCUCUUCCCAUGCUGAGGGUGUCUACAACAUCAAGGAACUUGAGGAGAAGAAGAUCGAGAUUACCCUUCCAAUUGAAACCCAGAAGACUGGAUGGAAAUUGAACACCUCACCAUCGACCAUUGAGGACAAGGAUAUCCUAAAACUUCAUCUGAUCAACCCCCCGGUCAAGAAGAUCGAUCUGCACUUCCCACUAGGGCUCGAAGUCACCGCUCGCAAUAUGAAGGGCGUCACGAUAAAGGAUGCGCUGGACGCAAUCUACAAGCAGUUCAAGAAGAAGGCCGACGAUGAGUUGGACAAGCCUUACCUCGCUGGUUUCGAGUGGGACAAGGACGAGUGCUGGACACGCCUCAUUGUUCACCAGACCAAGUCGGGCCCUCCUCAACAGCCCAGCAAGAAGUCCAAGAAGAAGAAGGCUGAAGAGGCAUAG